AUGGAUGAUAAAAAGAUUGUUCUUGAGAGUGCAAGCAGUAAGGACUCAGAGGUCGGAGCCGUCCAGGCGGUUGGAUAUGACCAGAAGGCUACAAAGCAACUGAUCAGGAAGAUCGACUGGGUCUUGAUUCCAUGGCUUGCCUUUCUUUAUCUGCUGAGCUUCCUCGAUCGAACGAACAUUGGAAAUGCGCGUCUUGCUGGGCUGGAAGAGGACUUGGGGAUGUCCGGACUGAACUACAAUGUUGCACUCGCGAUCUUCUUUCCUUUCUACGUCGCCGCUGAGAUACCCUCCAACCUGAUGAUGAAAAAGUCACGACCGGCCAUGUGGAUACCCAUCAUCAUGUUGGCAUGGGGUAUAGUCUGCUCGCUGAUGGGCUUGGUGAACAACUACGGCGGUCUGCUUGCCGCUAGAGCAGCUCUUGGUAUUGCUGAAGGUGGACUAUUCCCAGGAGUUACAUUCUACAUCACAAUGUGGUAUAAACGACACGAAUGCGGCCUGCGCAUGGCCAUCUUCUUCUCCGCCGCCACAGCAGCUGGUGCCUUUGGUGGACUCCUUGCGCGAGGCAUCGUCGAAAUGGACGGCCUCGGAGGCAAGGCCGGCUGGGCUUGGAUCUUCAUGAUCGAAGGACUGGUCACUUUUGCUGUUGCAAUCGCCGCGUUCUUCAUCAUGAACGACUACCCCGACACAGCCAAAUUCCUCACCGAAGAAGAGAGAAGCGAAGUUCAGCGCCGUCUCAGUGAAGACCGCAGCUCGCUCGCCGACGAAUUCAACCUAAAAUACUUCUGGGACGCCGUCCGCGAUUGGAAAAUCUGGGUCCACAUGUUCAUCACCAUCGGCAUCUACACGCCUCUCUAUUCAUUCUCGCUCUUCCUACCCACUAUCGUCAAGACCCUUGGGUACUCCAAUACCACGGCCCAGUUGAUGACCGUGCCUCCGUAUGCCGUGGCCUGCGUCUUCUGUAUUGGAGGCGGGUUCCUGGCUGAUCGGCAGGGCCAGCGUGGAAUAUACAUGAUAUUCUUCAACAUAGUCGCAAUCAUUGGCUUCAUAAUGCUGAUCGCCUCUAACAACACUGGUGUGAAAUACGCUGGUACCUUCUUCGCGGCUACCGGCAUCUACCCCAACGUACCGCAGGGUGUAGCAUGGAACGGCAACAAUAUCGGAGGCUCAGUGAAGCGCGGCGUAGGAAUCGCGAUGCACGUUGGAUUCGGGAACCUGGGUGGCGUCGUCUCCAGCUUCAUCUACCAGAGUAAGGACUCGCCGCAUUUUUACCCGGGCCACGGAACUCUUAUUGCCACGCUGUCAAUGAGCACCGUCUUGUGUCUUUUUAUGACGAUUUAUUUGCGCCGCGAGAAUGCCAGGCGUGAUCGGGAGAACCCCAAGGCUCCGGGGGAACAAGCCAAGGUCAAGUGCGUCCAUGAGGGCCACCCGCCUUGUCGACGUUGCGACCGUCUAGGUCAAUCGUCCUGCGUCCUGACCGAUCCACGAUCUUCUCCACUCAAGCCAAAGAAAGAUUCAUUUCGGGUUCAACGAAGAGAGAGCCAUUCAUCGCGAUCGACGGAAGUCCUUCCAGAGAGAAUUGCAGAGCCCUCUGCGGAGCAGACCUGCCGAUGUGCUCCUGCCAACCCCAUCGCCUCCCUUCCGGCAGCCACUGUCGUGAGCGCCUGUGACACCUACCGGAAGAAAUUCCCCGUCGCCAAUUUCCUCCAUUAUCCUACGCUCAUUGCCGAUGUGUCAAAUAAUGUGGCAGCCGUGGACCCGGUCUUUGUGGCCUCCAUGCUGUGUCUGUGCGCGCGUUUCAUGAAAGGCCAUCCUCUUGAGCCGGAAAGUGUUUACGCUGAUUAUGCGCGCACUCAGUUGGCAAGUCGAGUCUUCGAGGCACCGUCACUAUACCUGGCUCAGUCUCUGGUCAUGGUCACAUUCUAUGAGUGGGGUUCAGGUCGUCCUUACAAAGCAUGGAUGUACAGUGGCAUGGCGACGUAUAUGAUCCAAUCCCUUUUGAAGACCGCGGACGACAGCAUGGAACAUAACCCGGAAGAAUUCCACGCGUCACAAAUCCAAUAUGAGCAGUUGGUUCGGACGUACUGGUGCUGUUUUGCUCAGGACUGCGAGCUAAGCUCAGGUGCUCGUCAGCACUUUGCUCUGUCAUUUCGCCAAAUCUCCGUUCCCCUCCCCAUCAGCGACCAGGAUUUUAAUUUCGGCCGCCGUACCACGUCUCGACUAAUGCCAGCAAAUAUGAAUCGACAUUCGCUGCUCUCUUCGGACUUGACGAUCGAUCGAGGUUUGACGAUAGUGACUCGUGGGUUUGAUAUUUUCGUCCGUAUUUUGCGGUUUGCAAACGAAAGCCGCCGAGGUCGCACAUCAUCACCUAGUGUCUUGUCGUCACCACAAUUGACAUGGCGGACCCUAAAAGAAGAGCUUGACGAAUGGAGGUCCUUGCAAGAUAUCACAGUUCGAUACCCUGCAACCAGCGCUCAGGCCCAUGUUGCUUUAGGGUACGGUGAGCUUUUCGCCUAUAUCAACCUGAUUUACUUUAUGAGUAUUCUUUUCCUCCAUCGUGACUCCGUUCUCUCUGGUUCGAAGCCCUUCGCCGAUCGAGGGAUAAACGCUACUGGAGACUUCACCGGGUGCGAAGAGGCCAUCGACCAGCUUUUCGAGGCCGCUCAAAAUAUCAAUGGCGUCCUAACCGCGCUUGAAGCAUCUGAGACGCCAGUGAUCACUCCCUACGCUGGUUUCAGUGUCUUUGUGGCAGCCCACAUCAAUAUGUACGGCACCGUUUCUCCGCUUCGGUAUCCCGGUGGGCGUGAGAGGGCGGAACAAGAAAGAAAAGCGAAUUUUUCGUAUCUGGAACGUCUUUGCGAGUACUGGCCCGUUGGUCAAAGCUGGUGGCGAACGGUGCGGGAAGCGGAUAAGUUUUAUCGAACGGCUAAGAGUAAUCACUUCUCCGGCGAGCGUCCCAGUCAUCUCACACUCGCUGGAACUCUAGAUGAAUAUGGGGACAUCCGUUCGUCUCGUCCUCGGCAUGAUUUAUCCAUAUCAAUGCGAAGGCGAGAGACAGCGUCUUCCGAUGCGAUUGAUUCGGGACAGGAGGACCCGAGAAUCAUCCGCAAUAGUCAACCGAAUAUUGCACCAGGUCAUCACGGAAUACUUGAUUCUUAUGAUCUGGAAGCGGAAAUGCUGCAAUGGCCCUUCAUUGACGAAACAUGGUUCCAUGGGUUCGAUACGGGAUUCGAUGCGGCAUGGCCCAAUUUAGGUUGA